GCCUUAUUCACCGAAACCUCGUGUGAUAUGAGCCCGUCAGGUGGCCGUAGUAAACAAAACAGAUCUUUUUUGUCUUACAGUAUUUGCCGAUUUCUGAAUCACAAUCAUGGCGACUACGUUUCCGAACAUCUACACGCUCCGCAAGGUUGCUGAUACAGCGGCCAAAGCAUGCGAUAUCUGCUACAAGUCGAGCACAUCCGUGCUGAUCACACCCGAUCAAAAGGAUUUCUUCUUUGUUUGCCCGGUCCACCUCAAGGAUCGGUACUUUUGCACGCCCAAGAUUGAUGAGGAGGCUGCGAAGAGGAAGAGGGAGAGGGAGUUAGAGGAGGAGAAGGAGAGGGUUAAGAAGGAGUAUGAGGAGAAGCAGAAGAAGAAGAAAGAGAAAGAAGAGAAGAAGGAUAAGGAGAAAGACAAGGAUAAGAAGGAAAAAGAUGGGGAUAAGGAGAAGGACAAGGAGGAGAAGGAUGAGAAGAAGGAUGAAGACAAGGACAAGGAAGACAAAACUCCCCCUGCUGAGGAAGAACCCCGUGUAUUUGAGCUGAAAACGGCGUUUUACCAGCAAAGAUUGUUGAAGAAGCGACAAGCUGAAGCGGCGAAAGCUGAUCGGGAACGAGCGUCGAAGCCUGGGUAUUUUCCCUCUGUGCCCUCUGAUGCGCCCAGUCGAUGACAGGAGACGGCGCUGCCAGUGUUUGUGAAGAGAUAAGAGGUGUUUUUGUGCAAUGGUCGUCGUGCUGGGAUGACGAUGUAGGUUUGACUUAAUAUAUUCACAGUUUUUGUGUCAAAAUGUUCGAUUCUGCGGCAA